CAUCUUCUCAACAGUAACGAGCUUCAAGGUUCAAAGAUGCAGGUGCUACGUUUUCUGUCUUUGUUUCUCGGCAUAUCUAGUGUUGCAGCAAGAAUCUCGAAGAGAAAUGCCACUACUCCAAAUUUAAACGUCCAGAAGCUAUGGGACCUUCAAACCAACCUGCUCGACAAUUUUCUCUACCCCAAUUCCACCGUACAAGCCAAGGAGAUCAACUCCACCUUACUUGCUUCAGAUAUCCAAGGUCGUGUCGAUAUUACUAGGACUUUCGAUGGAGCGGAAUUAAAUACCGAAUAUCUCUUCGGCCUUUUCUCCAAUCUAGCUGCGAACGCCAACUCUUUUUCGUUGCUCGGGCUGCCCCUUUCUUACGAAAUCAUUCAUUUUACAGCGAACGAAUACAUUACCGCUGCCAAUACACGAUUCAUGUUCAAUUUCACGAGCCUUGGGAUUAUGCUGCCAGUUGAGAUUGAUGGUUGGUUUACUUGGAACGAAGCGGGACAAGUAACGCAAUACGAUGUUACGUUCAAGUACUGGGAAUGGUUGCUUGAUACCGUGGUAACUGCAGCUGCACAGCUCUUAAAUACGACGACGGCUGCAGCCACACAAACGGCCCUCACUGAAGGCCUCGCUCAAAGCAUUUGCGCCACCUCUACACAAUAUUGCAACGGCACAAACCUUCAGUACGCCAACAGCACUCAAUGUUAUGAAUACUUAACGGAAGAAGUUCGAUUUGGCGAGGCGUAUGAAUUGGGGAGGAACACACUGCUCUGCAGAAUGGUACAUCAAAACAUGGUUCCUUUCCGACCCGAGGUGCACUGCCCGCACAUAGGACCAACAGGAGGUGGAUACUGCACAGAUGAUACGACCUAUGUUGGAACGGUCGAAAACAACUACUUCAACCUUCCUUUCAUGCCAUCUGAUUUGAUAUCAUAGGGAAUAUACCGUGGAUUGUAACAUAGAUAGACAGACAUUGGACUAGCG